GGCUGUCUGAAUCCAGGACAAUAAGAUGGACAGUGAGGACGAUCUGGACAUUUUGACGGCGCUCCUGGCUGAGAGCGAGGACGUAGGAGACAACCAGGAGCAGGUGGACGACUUGGAUGAGCUGUUUGACGAGGACGAYGGUGAAGACGAGUCCACCGAGGACGCGGUGUCAGAGCUGUUUGGGGACGUCGACGAUAUUGAAGAUGAGGAGAAAACCUCUGGAGGCGGAGCUUCUGAGAACCUGGACAGGUCUAAAGAGGAUCUGCAAGAGGAGCUGAGGCGAAUGCAGGAGCAGAUGCAGAAACUGCAGCAGCAGCUGGAGGCCAGCCAGAAGGGUUCUGCCCCUAAGGUCGGUCCGAAACCAGAACCGACCCGACAGCAGGGGUCCGGUCCGACCCAGACCCGAUCAGUUCCAAACAAACUACAAACAGCAUCAUCAUCAUCAUCAUCAUCAUCAUCAUCAUCAUCAUCAUCGGCUCCAGUCAGAGGAGGAAGUCUGAACCUCCAGGAGUCCUCUGAGUUUUCCUCUCAGCUCAGCAGUGCAGAUUCCAUGAAAGCCAGAUCCCGACUGGCUCACAAAGCUUCAGGUCCAGAGGACAGGAAGCCUCUGGUGGAGGUAAAGCUCGGCAGCUCCUUCCAGGAAUUAGACGGCACCCGGGAGGCUCCAGAGCGUGGGCUCCGGCCCUCUUCCUCCUUCAGCAGACCUGCCUCAGCGGGACCGUCUAAAGCCGUGGCUCCGCCCCCUGUCCCUAAAGACGUGGCUGUAGAGAAGUACUCGGGCCUGCGGCUCAGGAAGCCGCUGGUUUCCUCCUGCGAGAUGGACCGCAAGAUGGCCGACCGGCGCCUGAUCCGCCUGUCGCAGGUGCCGGAGCGUUUGAGCCGGGAGAAGCUGGAGGACAGCGACUGGGUGACGUUUGCGGUGCUGGUUARCAAGGCCACGCCUCAGAGCAGCAGCAGCGGGAAAACCUUCAGCAUCUGGAAACUCUGCGACCUCCACAACCUGGACGUGUUCGUGUCUCUCUUCCUGUUCGGAGACGUCCACAAGGAGCACUGGAAGAGGGACCCGGGGACGGUGGUGGGACUCCUGAACCCGAACCCCAUGAAGCAGARGGACGGGAACGACCGGGUGAGUCUGACGGUGGACCACCCACAGAAGAUCCUGGUUCUGGGUGAGGCUCAGGAUUUUGGGACCUGCAAAGCUGCAAAGAAGAACGGGGAGCCCUGCUCUCAGAUCGUGAACCUGUACGAGUGUCCGUUCUGUCAGUACCACGUCAGUGCUCAGUACCAGAAGAUGAGCUCGAAGCGAGCCGAGCUGCAGUCCUCCUUCUCUGGGAAAGCCCCCGGCCGGCUGAGGGGGAGGGGGAGGGGGGCCGGUCUGAGGGAGCGCCUGUGUCAGGACGGGUUCUACUACGGGGGCGUGUCCUCGCCCGCCUGCGCUGCCUCCCUAUCCAAACCUAAAGCAGCCCCCCAGAAGACCCUGGACUCGCUGUUCAUCAGAGGCUCGGCUCAGCUGCUCAGUCAGGCCAAGAGGAUCGGUAAGGCUCUGCAGUCCGGCGGGGUCUCUGGUUGCUCCGAUGAGUUCAAGACGCUGAUGUCGGUGCCGACAGCUGGAGCUCUGCAGCUGAAGAAGCACCUGACACAGAGCAGCCAAUCAGUCCAGAAAGAUGAAACCGGAGCUCCGCUUCAGUCCAUCUCAGCCUCUGACCUCCUGAAGCAGCAGAGACAGAAGCAGCGGGAGCUUUUACAGAGUCGACGGCACAGAGCAGAGGAGAGGGGGGUCCAAAACCCGAGUGGAACCCGACCCAACUCAGGUCGAGGCGGUUUAUCCUCUCCAAAAUCCCCAAACCAGGUCCCCAAGCUGAGCCGGAGCCCGGAGGAGUCCCACCCCCCGACCCUGGGCCGAGGGUUCUCCGAGGGAGACGACAUCCUCUUCUUUGACAACGCCCCGCCUCUAGCCCCGCCUCCAAAAGCUCCCACGCUGUCAGCCGCCAAGUUGGCCGCCCUGAAGAGGCUGAGGGCCAAAGGGACGGGRCUCGAGAAGGAAGACCCCAACGCCGUGAAGAGGAAGAGGAGCAACAGCGGCGAGAUCAGCGCCCGAGUGGAGAAGAACCGAACCUCUCCAAACGGAGAACCCUCCGGUACCGAGGAGGAGCCGGCCCAGAAGAAGAAACGAGACCAGCUCCUCUACGUCCAAUCAGAGGAGUUCCAGAAGAUCCUCAACGCCAAGUCCCGACACGGGGUGGUCCUGCAGGCGGCCGAGUACCAGCUGCAGGAGCGCUACUUCGACGCCCUGGUGCAGAAGGAGCAGCUGGAGGAGAAGAUGAGGGGCAUCAGGGAGAUGAAGUGUCGCGCCGUGUCCUGUAAGAAGUGUAACUACACCUACUUCAAGCCGGCGGAUCGCUGCGUCGCCCAGAACCACGAGCUGCGCUGGCACGACGCCGUCAAACGCUUCUUCAGGUGUUCCUGCGGGCAGAGGGCCAUCGCUCUGGACAGACUGCCGCACAAACACUGCAGUAACUGUGGCCAGUUUAAAUGGGAGCGUGACGGCAUGCUGAAAGAAAAACUGGGACCGAAGAUCGGAGGAGAACUCCUCCAGACCCGAGGAGAGGAACACGCCAAGUUCCUGAACAGCAUGAAGUGACUUUUUUUAAUUUA